AUGACUUGGGUGGGAGCCAGACACAGAUGUCAGCCGCCCUGUGGGACAGCCCGCACUACACAGUCUUAUCACCGCUCUGUCACGCGUGGCCCAUCCUGGCACCGCACCUGCAACCGUCACCAUGGAGACAGCCAAAAAGCUCUCACGCCAACCCUUCAUUGCCCAGUCCCUCCUCUGACGGGACAGCAGCAGCAUGAGCAGCGUACGGCCGCAGGAUACAUGCUCCGCUCCUUCAUCGCUGCCCCGCUAAUGAGGGUCUUCAGGGAGCCUCAAAGUGCUGCUGGUGUGGAGCAGUGGGAGGCACAGCUGCCCUGGGACAGCAGGGCCAUGUACACGGACACUAAUGACAGACGACCGACAAAUAAAUACCACUGUGGAGGGAGACGUGUCAAAAUGUUCAGGUUCAAAUGCUUUGACUGA